GUCUAUCCAGAAUGGUUUACUUUGCCGUUGGCGCCCUACGCGCGGCGACGGACUCUGCAGAAGGAGAUAGUGCCCGGGCAGGUCUGGGUCUUGGACCAAAUUUUCGGCACUUUUUACGUCCACGUGCCCAUCCGAGCGACGGUCCUGAAGGUGACAGGCGGUUUGCUGGUCUAUGCACCUGUGGCAGCCACGAAGGAAUGUCUGGGCAUGAUUCGAGACCUUGAGCAAAAACAUGGGCCGGUUCGAUGGAUCCUGCUUCCUUCCAAAGCCGUUGAGCACAAGGUUCUCACCGCCCCGUUUGCCCGCAAAUUCCCGGAUGCAAAGUUAUUCGUGGCCCCCGGGCAGUUUUCCGUCCCCGUU